GUUUUAGACUCAAAUAAGAUGAUUAUGUUCUUAUAACCAUUAUUAUACAUUCAGUACUAAAAGUUUUGUUUAUAGAGAACGACGUUAUGAUCAUCCAGUCUUCAUUUCAAGAACAUUUAUAUUUCUCCCAUGACAGGCUCAGCGUUGUGUUUUUCUAUGCUCUUGCCUUUCCUAUCAACUGAUUUUAUUUUGGUAGUUCUUUCCUGCAUUUCGUAUUAUGCACUUCUGGAAUUCAUCGUAUACCAGACUAAGGAAUGCUGCUGUCACGUUAGUUUAUGUUGCCAGUUUCGCUAUCGCCUCUCAAUAAAACGUCGUCUUAUCACAUAUAUUCCUCUACUCACUAAUAUUUUAUAUCCUGGUAAUAACGAAGAGCGGUUGUGUGACGACCCUAUCAUUCCGCCAGCAACUUUAUUAUAAAUGGUGAUGUGCCUAUCUUCGUUGAAUCUUAUUUAGACAUUGCGCUUCAAGGUAAUAUACAUCUCUUGUCUUGCGCGGCUGUUUUGACGCACCACUCCUGUCAAGAUUGCUCUUCCAUCUGUUAGACACACUGACACAGGCGGUAGUGUGUCGUUGCCAGUCUCUUUAAUACGGCCUUUACCACUUCACGGAAAGUAUCGGUUUAUUUGUGUUCAAAGUAUUUGAGUCACAAGUAGUGUAUUUUCACAUCUAAAAAUGUCACAAUGAAAGACUAUUCAGAGAUGUGAAAGUGAUAUGUAAAAAGUAUCAGUCAUCGUAUCGGUAAGACAAAUACCAUGUGAGGAACUUUUCGAUACACAUGCAACCUUUUUACAGAUCCUUUAGAGAAAAAUAAAUAUGGUAUAUUGUACCUUUAUAACUACUGGGUACUUCAUCGUGUCAAGCAAACCAGAAUCGUGUGCUUUCUACCUUUUGUAUAGUCCCCUUUUUUCUUUCUGAAGACUUUGUAGCGUGAUUUUCAUAUACCUCAUCCUCGCCUGAUGUUUUGUGGAUAACCUUGACACGUUCUACCAGAUCAUCAAAGCCUUUUUUUGAAUCAAAAAAAAAGCGAUAACUUAUUGAAUUGUGCAUUGAGAAGUAGACAAGAUUCUGUGUUUGUCCUUUAUCAUGAAGUCGCGUUAAAAAUGUGUAGUAAAGGAAAUUAACCUAACAUAUUCUUUUAUUCUUCAUUUUCUCUAAGCACACACACUGUUACCGCUUUAUAUCAUUUAUACCAACAUUCAUCAAAAGCAUCUCAAAGAUAACUUACUGAUUUUGAUGAAAUCGAAGUAACAUAUUCCGAAAAUUAAUCACAGAAUUUAAUUUUCGGGUACGAAUUCUGAGGCAAUUUUGAAAUUUUGUGCGCCGCUAAGCGUUUUCGAUAAAUUCUAACCAGUAAUUUAAAUUCUAAAAAGUAAUUUUCUUCUUUUGAAACAAAACGUGUGAAUUGUUUAUUUCACAUCGACUUUUCUCAUCAGAACUAAAAUCGUUUAUCCUAAUAGGGAAUUAUCAUCAAUUGCGUAAGGUGAAUAAUUAUUAUUAAUAAGAUUCAAACGUUAAAUAGAUUUAAAGUAUCUUUAGUGAUUCUACGUAUACAUGUAGCUUUUUUUUUUUGCGGUGUUUGUUUGAAUCACGUAUCUUCCUUUUUGUACUCUUUAAUUUUUAUUUGUUAAAGGCAUAGCUAAGAACGUCUUUUUCCUUCAACAAGAACCCCAGGAAAAUGGUGUCUUUGAAGCUUCAGGCCCGCCUUGCCUCGGACAUCCUUGGCUGUGGUCGUGGUCGCGUUUGGCUUGAUCCUAACGAGGCUCUUGAGAUUCAGAAUGCAAACUCUCGCAAAAGCGUGCGCAGGCUGAUUAAGGAUGGCUUCAUUAUCCGCAAACCCGUAAAGGUGCAUUCCCGAGCCCGCUGGCGCAAGAUGAAGGAGGCGAAGGACAUGGGCCGCCACACUGGCGUGGGCCGACGUGAUGGCACCCGCGAGGCUCGCAUGCCAAGCAAGGAGUUGUGGAUGCGCCGCCUGCGCAUUCUCCGCCGCCUGCUGAGGAAAUAUCGCGCGGAGAAGAAGAUCGACCGUCAUGUCUAUCGCGAUCUGUACGUGCGCGCGAAGGGUAAUGUGUUCCGUAAUAAGCGCAACCUUGUUGAGCACAUCCACAAGAUCAAGAACGAAAAGAAGAAGGAGCGCCAGCUUGCUGAGCAGCUUGCAGCGAAGCGUGCCAAGGCCGAACAGCACCGCGCCAAGGCUCGAAGGCACGAGCUGAAGAAACGUGAGAAGGAUCGCCAACGCGCGAAGCGCGAUGACGCCGAAGCGGCCGCGCAGAAGAAGAAGCAAGAAGCCGCGAAGAGGGCCGCUGCCCCUUCGAAGGUUGCUGCCCCCACAAAGAGUUCUGCCCCUGUAAAGGUUGUUCCCCCCACGAAGGUCGCUCCGCCAACUAAGGCAUCUGCCCCCAUGAAGUCUGCGUCUCCCUCAGCUAAGAAGGCGAAGAAGUAGAAAAGAGGCGUCUUUUUAUAAGGAAGGGAAGCUGUGCUUAUUUAGUUUUUUUUUUCUUA